ACAACAACUAAACUCCUCAUCCACUUCGUCAAGACCAAUCCUUUGGUACAUUAUUGUAAUCCACCUAAGCAAGCAAUAAUUAAGCAAUAAGCAAUAACAACAAAGAAUGGUAAAACACGGCCGGAGCAAGAAACGACGUUCGGGUCGUAUUGGAAGAGUGAAACUCAAGAAUAAGAAUUUCAAACGAUGGGAUCCCAAUCCCAAUAUCAAGGAUGCUACCGUACAAAAGCUGUGGGAUACUACCAAGACACCCACGCAGAACUUGGCACAAAUGGGCUUGAAUGUCAGUUUCAACAAUAUUCAUAAUAACAACAACAAUUCUACAAGUACAUCAACAACCACUACUACUCCCAACAUGAUUGAACUAUUUGAUGUUCCCACCAUCAUCUCCAAUGAGACCAAGCGAUUGCCACUGCAACCCGACGAACAAGAAUACAUUCUACGAGGAAUCACCAAGUACGGCACCCACAAUUACAAGGCACUCUUUCGAGAUGUCAAACUCAAUGUGCUCCAACAUACGCAACAAAAACUGGAAACCAUGGGAACACGAUUUUUAGCACUCCAGCCAGAACAAAUUCGACUUGCCACCACACAAACAAUUCCAAAAACUAUACUCGACCAAAUGGCACAUGGAACUGAAAUUCAACAACAAAUAAUGCAACAACAACAAGAACAAGAGUGA